CGGCUGUCAUUUACAGCCGAGUACUGCUCUGACGCUGCUGCUGUAGUGGCGAAGAGCACACUGACAGACGGGCUGGCUUGCUCACUUUCAGUACUUCAAAGAUGGACCAAGACAACAAUUCAGAGGAUGAGUCAGUCCGCCCAUCAGAGGAUCCUUCAGAAGAGGAACUGCCAUGUCUACCUCCAGGGCUCUCGGAUGGUGAAGCAAUGGAGCUGCUUUGGCAGUUGCGAGCUCAGCGCCGCCAGUCAUCCCCUGACCUCCCAGAGACAGUGACCCGUCUCACUGCCCCUGAUGGCAGCCUCCUGUACCUGGUGGGCACUGCCCACUUCAGUGACAGCAGCAAAAAGGAUGUGGCCACGACGAUCCGCGCUGUGCAGCCAGAUGUGGUGGUGGUGGAGCUGUGCCAGUAUAGGGUGUCUAUGUUGAAGAUGGAUGAGAAUACAUUGCUGAGGGAAGCCAAAGACAUCAACCUGGAUAAGGUUCAACAGGCCAUUAAGCAGAAUGGGUUGAUGUCUGGCCUGAUGCAGAUCCUCCUGCUCAAAGUUUCAGCUCACAUCACAGAGCAGCUGGGCAUGGCUCCUGGAGGAGAGUUCAGGGAGGCUUUCAAAGAGGCUGGACGGGUGCCAUUCUGUAAAUUUCACCUUGGGGAUAGGCCCAUCCCUGUCACGUUCAAGAGGGCCAUUGCUGCUCUCAGUCUGUGGCAGAAGGCUCGCCUCGCCUGGGGUCUUUGCUUUCUGUCAGACCCAAUCAGUAAAGAGGACGUAGAGAAGUGCAAACAGAAGGACCUGCUGGAGCAGACUAUGUCCGAGAUGAUCGGCGAGUUUCCUGCCCUCCACCAGACCAUCGUGGCUGAGAGAGACAUCUACCUCACACACACGCUCCGCCAGGCUACUCGCUGUGUGGAGGCCCCCCCUAAUGCCCAGAAAGUGCCUGCUGUGGUGGUGGGAGUUGUGGGAAUGGGUCAUGUCCCUGGUAUAGAAAGAAACUGGGAGAAACAUCUCAACAUUAAUGAGAUCAUGAGUGUUGCACCUCCCUCACGUUUUGGCUGGGUGUUGCGCGCGGUCAUAAAAGGUGUCAUGAUGGGAAUGCUGGGAUAUGCCUGCUACCGUGCUGGAGGGAGUAUAGGUAGAACCCUGCUGUCUUUACCUGCUAUCCAAUCAUUACUGGAGAAUGUGCGGCCUCCCCCUGCUUGACCCCACUGGUCUCCUCAAAGCCCUCAGUGACACGACCUUUGAUUUAUGAAAACAAUGCAUCAUUCACCAAUGGCCUUAAAACAGGAGGUGGGGCUGGAGGAAGGGGUUCAUCGGCCCACACUAUGGACUUACAAGGACCUCAGGGGGUCAAGAGCCUCCCACCUCGUAUUGAUGUCCCUGUAGACGCAGCAGGGCUGUACUGCCAAAGAAACCAUGACAGUACUCUUCGCUUUCUUUCAUAUCUGAAUUUUGUAAGGUUUACAAAAGCCAAUAAUUCCUUCUGAAUAGAUUUCCAUUUUCCCCGCCAUUCCUUUUAAUGACUUACAUGCAGAGAUUUUAUUUGACAGUAUCAUCAGCCCUGGUAUGACUGAGCCAUUUUCUGAGAGACAGACUUUUCUAAUGCUGUCUCCUCCUUAUUCCUUCCUCCAUUCUGGUGCCAAUUAGCAUUUUUUGGUAAUUGGUCCAUUUCAAGUCCAGCACUUUAUAAGAGACUGGUCGAGUCUUGAACUGUACAUGCAGCCUAUGGGAAGGGAAACAAAACAUACCUUCAAAAAUUAAUAAAUAUCAAGUCAGUCAUAACUAUAAUAAACAAAUUAUAUAUACGGGGAACAUAUUAUAGUUGCUGCAUGUAUUGACACCAUGAGGGUGUGAGGUUAAUGUCAAAAAAUGUCUGAAUUGAAAGGUUGACCAUCAUUUCCUUAGUUAUUGAAAAAUUACUACUUAAAUUGAAUAUUCUUAAAAACUCACUUACAGGAUUAGCAUAAGACAGAAUUGACUUAUUUCCCAUGUGCACGGUCCUGCCUACAUCAACAGACAAGUGCCUCGUAAUGCAGCUGUAAGGGCUAACGGUGAACUAAAUAGAAAGGCAAAAAUGUGUUGUAUGCAUCUUACACAAACUACAGUCAAUGCAACUUUGUAAGAUUCUGUCCUUUUAUCAAUAUAAGUUGCUGUAGGCAUAUUUUGUAAAUACUGUUACCUUAAAUAUAGACAUCCAGCUUG